GUGAAGAAAUAACGUGAAUAUCACAAAGAAGUGGAGAAAAUGGAAAUGCUAGCAUGCGAUUAUGAGCAAAUUAAUAUGCAUACAUAACUGUUAAAUUGAAUAGUGGCAGAAGAAUCACUCAAAUUUGUUCUCUACCUCAAGGUUACUGACGGAGCUAGCUAUGAGAUGAAUUGGUGGAAUUCAUUGGAGAAAGCAGGCAACAUUUCAAAAUUUGCGAUCACAGCCUUGAAAAGUGCCCAACAAAAAAUAGAUGAAGUUCUCGAUAUCACAGAUGAAGCUACUAAUCAAAACGCACUGCCUACGCUAUUCGAAUAUUCAACUAGACAAGUUGACGCAACGAAAACAUUAGUAUCUUUUAAACUAAAUGAAUCAAGUCGUUGUGAACCGAAACCGAGUGGGUUAUAUUUUGAUGUUGCGAUACCUAGUUCUUGAAAGGUCUGAUCUGUUGUUUUUAUUUUCAGAUUUCAGAUUUGUGUAGUAAGGACAGAAGGCCUACGGCCUGUGUUAUUCCUUUUCUAGUAUGCUUCUGUGAGUGUCCAGUCUUCUCUUGAAAGAGUCAAUUGAAGGUGCGGACACCACUGCUUCAGGCAGCAGGUUCCAAGUAUUGAUGACUCGGUGUGAAAACCUGUAUGCCACGGGUAUUUUGUUCGUUCUUGGCUUUUCUACUCGCCUGCUAUGUCCUCUGAGGUGUCCCGAUCUAGUGGGAAGAAAGAGAGAGAAUAAGUUAGGUCCGAAAUCAUUUCUCAGUAUUCUGUACAUCAAUAUUAGAUCUCCCCUUAGUCUGCGAUAGGACAGAGUAAAGAGGUUCAGUUUUUCAAGCCGCUCAUUAUAUGAUAAACCACGGAGUUCCGGAAUUGCACGCGUAGCUGCCCUCUGUACCUUUUUUAGUAUGUCCCUAUUGUUCGUACCAUUUGUACAGAGCAAGUUAGAGAUGAACAUUAAUGAAAUGUGACGAAAAAAUGCGCCGUACAUCUUCAACUGUUUGUAUUCGAUAGUUUAUGGAUCUCUAUUCUGUGUAGGGCCGUUCACGAGCGUAUUUCUCGGUGUAAUCUGAUUACGACUGUGCUGUGAUCCAAAGGGAUAUAUUUUUCUGGACAUCCUACUUUAAGUAUGGAAUCUUCAAACCGAAAUGUUGAGUGACCCUGUUGUUCUUACCGCCAUUAUGUCGUUUAGACUAUGUAAGUUAGGGUAGCCUAACUUAACUAACGUACCCUAACGUGAUACCUAUCACUUAACGUUAUAAUAUUAUGUGGAGCUUAUGUGAAAUCCUCGGUUUUAAUACAAACUUGUGUUGUUAUUUGGAAUACUGGAUUAAAUUUUAAUAGUGACCUUUAAAAAUGUACAGGUCUGUUUAAUAAUCUCAAUAUAGGCAUCAUGUAGUCUUAGCUUAUGGAUUUUUCGACGAGACUCUAAUUUAUGGACGACCUUUGAACGAAUAUUAAGUGACCUUGAGGAAAUAUUAGCCAACCAGCAAACAGUAAGUAUGUAGUAAAAAUAUAUUAUACAAAACCAAGGAAAUAAAGUGGAUACAAUUCUAAUACGUGGUUCAAAAACUUGUCAAGGUUAGAAAGAGGUUCAGAGGUUCUAAAAUCGUUAUGCAUGCAGUAGAGGAAAUCAUCCAUACGGCUACAGAAUAGUCGGCCUCUGGAGCCAUGAUAAAGUCUCAAGAACUCUUUCAGACUCAACCACAUAGCUUCAAUAUUGUUUAUGUGCACUCCGGUUGUUGACUACACAAAAUGCCGCUUGUGGAUGACGAUACGAUACACAUAACGAAGCCUAUAUGGGAGUCUAUACGCUCUCCAAACAUCCGUAUAUAUUGUAGCACCGGGCUGCAGCCAGUGUUACUGGUGCUUUUACUAUCCAGUUCGCGAUAAUUGUCAUAAUUUGCCUUAUUUGAGAAUUAUAUAUAGGGUUUCCAUCACGAACUGACAGCUAUAAUGCCAGAAAUCUGUUUAGCCAAAUGGAUGAAAGGCUUUCGCGUUAAAAUGGUAGAUCUGUUAACUUAUAUCUGAUUGAUUCGUCCACAAGUUAUAGUCUCGCCGUUUUAUUUGUUAUAGACGCUCAAUUAUCACGUUUUGUACAAAAUUCCCUGUAAACCGAUCGUACGUUAGCUUUAGGCACUGAAGUUGGCACCGUAACAUUGAAAUCUCUAAAACGCUUCUGAAUAGCUCGUCCAUAAAUUAGAGUCUCGCCGAUUUUUAUAAAAUUACAUAUGGUCUUGAUAAUAUGUAAAUUUCUUUACUUUGACAAGUGUACAUCGCGUUAGGAUUACCCUGCACCUGGUUAAUUACUCAAGUCCUAUGAAACUUAAGGGUAACUUAUCAGCCAUCCGUUUUCCGGUCAUGGUUGAUCAGAUCAAGAUGGGUACUGUGUAAUUCACUUACGAGGUACGGACUAACCACGUCAGUUGUGAACCUUAUUAUAAAGGUUAGUGGUACUUAUCGACUGUCUCAAUGAAAUGUCUAGACCAAACGGUUUUAACAUUAUUAGGGAGUAUGUAAUGAACACUUCAACAAAUACUUCUGGAUAGAUAGGUUAGUCAGUGGCUUAUUCUUCGGGCAGAUAAAAGCAACGAACAAAGUUUCAGUCUCAGUUUGGAAAGGACAGGAGGCUUGAUGGCCUGUGUUAGUCCUGGCAAUGGUGGCCUCUCAGUUGAUCCAACUUUCUUUUGAAAGAGUGGACGGAUGGAGCCUCAACCACGUGUUGAGGUAAUGAACCCCACUCGUUGAUGAUUCGAUGGGAAAGUCGAUAGUCAGCUGACAAGCAAUUUGUUCUGGGCUUGUGAACUUUUUUGGAGUGUCCUCGUAACUUCUCUGUUUUGGAAGACAAGAAAAAUUAGGGCAUAUCAGGUGCAAAUUUACCACUAAGCAAUUUGAAAACUGUAAUUAAGUCGCCUUUAGUUCUACGAUAUGACAACGGGAAUAGGUUUAGCUUGGCCAGUCGAGCAUCAUACGGAAGCUUCGCCAUUCCGGGAAUCAGUUUAGUUACUGUUCUCUGGACCUUUUCCAAAAGCUCACUGUCUAUUUUUAAGCAGGGGCUAGCUGCUUGUAUGCAGUACUCGAGUUUGGGACGUACGAACACUGUAUAAAAAGUCAAAAACAUUUUAGCGUCGACAUGACUAAAAGCCCUACGUAUUGACCAUAAGGUUUUAAAACCUUUGGCGGCUAUUGCACGGCAGUGUGCAGUAGUCUUUAAGUCUUGGCUAACGAUGACUAAAAAAGAAUAAAUAGCACCCGACAAAAUUUCGAUUGCUUUUUACCCACUGAUAACUUGGAUAGGAUACUGAUAUCAAGCUUUAGGAUCUAGGUCCUAAGACUAGAGUUUAAUCAGCCUGGAUGGGAUAAUUUGUUUCGAUACAAUAAGUCUAGUGACGUUUGAAAGUAAUUGUUCGGGUUUCUCAGGUAAACCAACUCGGGUUAGUUAAAGUAUGGGAUUUGGACAAUUUCUUUUGACAGUUUUCGAUUGGUAAUCGUUUUAAUUUUUAAUUGAGCUUAAAGUCUUCCAUAGAUCAUCAGUUUAAAAAUUGAACUAAGGUAGUUUCCAAAAUCUUUGGAUCCAAUGUGAUUACGACUAUAAAGCUCGAAAGCAGACAGGUUUUAACCCUUAUCUGGAACAUCCCUAAACUCAGUAGAACUUGCUAACUUUCUGUACAAUUCAUUUCCUUUAAUUUACAGGUAGACUUUAUCUCCUGACGUAGCUAUUUUGAGCAAUAUUCACCGGGGUUUCCUGUUUUCUUUAUUUACUCACAAUGAGCAAUCCCUUUGAGGUCUCACGAGCUUGUCAUCUACCUUAGAUUCUUCCGCAAACUUAGGCAACAUAUUUCACAAAGUAAAAAAUCGACACAAUGCAACUCUAAUAUUUACAGCCAUAUGUAAAAGAAUUUCAAGAUUCAUUUCUGACUUGAAAUACAAAUUUUUGCUUUAGGACUAGUCUAUAUGAUUGUUGUCUUAUUAUUAUUUAUUUAUUUUAACACACAGAUAUUAGUACAAGGGGGCACCAAAUACAUAUGUGUGUGAGGGCUCUGAUACUGCCCGGGUGCCCAAACCAAAGCAGGUGGUUUUCUUAGGAGGCCACACUCGGAGCCUUCAACAUGAAGGUCUGAUCCACAAGGCAGUGGAGCGACGUAAGGAGAUGCAGUCCCAUGGUAGCCGGUGACCAACGAUUGGUUCAUACGCCAUUUGUUCAUUCAGGAUACUGGAGCCCAUGUGCACCAUUGGUUUGGAAUCAGGGACUUCCAACACACCUAGGUGGACCCUUGGUGUCCACCAACCCGGUUAAAGCGCCGGACAUUCGCUUUUCGUCCUCUCAAUUUCGUAAACAACACCCGUGAUACGAGAAGGCAAUGAGUAGGACUUCCCAGGCAGAGGCUAUAUACGCGUGACCAUGUGAGAGCAUUUCGAAAGAGAGAGAGAGCUAAUUCUCUCACCCUCGGCCGUACCAGGGCAUUUGGGGGCAAUGUCACUAGAUUUAUUGUAUCGGAACAAAUUAUCCCAUCCAAACUGAUUAAAUUUUAAUCCUAUGUCCUAGAUCCUAAAGCUUGAUUGUUGUCUAGUCAUAAUACGUUGACUAAGUAAGCGGAUUGAUCAUUUAGAUCAUUAUAGUAGUUUUUUCUCCUCCGUCUUAUUAUUAUUAUUACUACUAGUGGCUUUAUUAAAUAUAUUUUUGGCACAAUGUGGGAUUCUCAGCACAAAGUAUGUCAACAAGUUUCCUUUUCUUAUUUCCUGAUCGAUCCUUGCGAUAAGUAUUGAGUGUUGCCAGUUGUUUGCAGUUCUGGAAUUGACAUCUGAAUAAUGUAUAUUCUUUUCGAUACAUACUACCAGCAACCAUAAUGUCUCUGAUUGGUUUCCUUUGUAACUUGUACACCAGAAUGUCGUAAACUGUUCACAAACGUACCUGAAUAGGUUUGAGACUAAUAGGCAUAAUGAUGUGUUAAAAAAUACAGGGAAACAGAUAACUUACUGAAAUAUCCUAAUGACAGGAACAGGUUGCCCAGAUAUUCGAGCACGCCACCAUUGAUCACCCUUAGUAGAUUGUAAUUGACAAAGUCUCGGGUUUCAAAGUGUUUUGGGUUUUAAAAAGUUAUUUCGCUUAUUGCAUAGCUCCCCCAAUUAUCUUUUGCUGAAAAAAUAUAACAGCUGUGCCUUCAUUACUUUAUGUUUUGAAAAUAUUGGCGUGCAUGUUCCAUGUAUUUCAUCAUAAAUAUUUCAGUCAGUAAUAAUCAACAUCUGACGCGGCACAGAUAAAUAUUGAGUCAUGUUUCCACAUAGUUGUUUGCGAAAACUAUUCCUGUCUAGUCAAACAACUCAGUAGGUGUAACUGUUGUCAGAAGAAGAAUAUUAAGCAAUGGUGGCAAAGCGACUGAUGAGGUUGUACACCAUCACCGAGUGAUAUAUUUGGAACUAGUGUUAUUAGGAUUCUGUCUCGGUUUUUUGUGUGACUGAUCGUGAUUUUGAUUGUUGUAAACACAACCAGCCGUAUAAUGUUGGUCGGUUGAAGCUACAAAAUGUUUGGAGCGACUUAGUAAUAACUGACCGUAAGACAAAUCCUGACCAAGGAAACAACAAAAAUUCAGUCAAGAAUGAUCAGAAAAUACAGAACUUGUAAUCAGUUAAUAUGGAUUGAAUGUUGGUCUUCUAACGUCCAAUUAUAUCAAAACUGCUGAUAUGAAUUUUCCAGCCGCUGUAACUGCGUGCGUGAACGGAAAAACAUUUAGAUAGGAUCAGAUCGAUAAAUUGUUAAUACAUAUAAUUGGCCUUUGGUUUAGUAAUUUAAGAAAGCAAGCUUUUUAAUGGGGACUGAUGAAAUGACUGUAAUCAUUAGUAAGAGACUUAGUGAUACACUUCAAAUCAGUUACAUUAAGCAAUUUGUAUUCACUAUCAUGAUCUUCCUGUACGUCUUCGACAUCAAAUUGUUCUAUAUCUUUCAUUCAGUGUUGCCGUUCGUUGUUUUGCAGUUUUCUUUCUUCUAUUUACUACAUGUAUCGUUUAAAUUUCCUAAAUCUUUUUCUUGAUGCAUCAUUGUUUUACUCAAAGGAAGCAUGGAGCCCUAGACAAUUACAUUUUUAUAAAGCUUCAUACAUUGUUUCAGUCUUUGCUCUGGUACGAGUAGUUCACAUAAGCGCUCAUAUCGAAGCAUUUUGUAAAUAGAUAAUCGCUGUGGUGGUGACAUUAAACUUAGCAUAGUAUUUCUCAUCUCUCGAAUAAGUUAUUUGUUUGCAAUGGCACUAGCACGCCCACUGCUUAUUUUAUCGAAGUGAGAAGAAAUCGGCGUGAGAAACGAUGUCUUUUCGUCAUCUCUGCUUAUGUCCCGAGAGAUUGCAACCCGGAUGCAAUCAAGUAUGAAUUCUAUAACCAGUUAACUGUUCUUCUCCAGAAAGAGAGUUCGACAGAUAUUGUAAUACUAGCUGGAGACUUGAAUGCUCAGGUCGGGCGUCUAGGCACAGAAGAGAAUCGUUUAGGUGGCCGAUUGGGACGUAUUGGUCGCAGGACAGAUAACGGGGACCGUCUACUGCAACUGUGUACAUACCACAACCCGUUUCUGGCUAGCACUAACUUUCGGCACAGUCAUCGCCGAUGUGCCACCUGGAGUCCUCCUCUGCAUCUCAAGCCUGGACUCAGAUUGAUCACAUCGCGAUCAGCUACCGCUGGCGUGGUUGCGUACAAGACUGCCACUGCUUUUGGUGUACCUAUCUGGACUUUGAUCAUGCCCUUGUUUGCGCCAAUCUUACCUUACUUCUCAGUGGCCAACGAAGUGACCGCCACCAAAGGAUUGAUGUCAGCAAGUUAGUAGCAAUUUCACGACGCCAUCAAAAUGGCGAGUAAAGCCGCUUGCGGCUCAUCCGAGCCACUGGCAGCAAGAAGUCUGGUGUGAGUGAAACAAUCUGCGAGGAUGACGGGAUGCCAAUCACUGACAUCCAUCGACGUCUUGGACGAUGGGCAGAAUUCUUCGAGGGGCAGUUCAACUGGCCUGCUGCUCCGGCAACAUCGGUCAGACUGUCCUGCCCUCCAUGACCGGUGACGACUGAUCCACCAAAUGAGGCGGAAGUCCGCAAGGAACUCCAACUCUUGAAGCGCUACAAAUCACCUGGCCCAGAUGACUUACCUCCGGCUCUUUUUAAAGAUGGUGGUGACUUCCUGGUUAAAUAACUGACAACGUUGUUUACAAAGGUUUGGGAGCUAGAGAGUGUACCAACGUCAUAGAAUGAGCCGGUAGUUGUCCCUAUCUUUAAAAAGGGUUCACGUCGUUUCUGUAACAAAUAUCAGGGGAUAAGUCAACUUCCGAUCGCGUCCAAGCUAUUGGCUUCCGUCAUACUUCGUAGGUUGUUCAAAACUCGAGAAAGAUUGACUCUCGAGGAGCAGGCUGGGUUUCGUUCUGGUUGAGGAUGUAUUGAUCAUAUCUUCACCCUCCGCCAAAUGUUAGAACACCGUCAUACUUAUCACAGUCCAACAAUCGUAGUGUUUCUUGACAUCAGGUCUGCCUUCGAUUCGUUGGACAGGACUGUUCUGAGGGACUGUCUAUUGAAGAAGGGUGUUCCUGAGAAGUUAAUUAACAUCUUAAAGGCCCUAUAUACAAACAACUCAGACAGAGUGAGGGCGUACAACUACCUCUCUUCAUUGUUCCAUCCGAGCGGUGGGGUUAGACAGGGUUGCCCAAUCUCACCACUCCUCUUCAACUUUGCCAUCGAUGACAUUCUGGAAACAGCUCUGAUGGUUGUAAUUAAUGGCAGUGUGGAUCGGUUGCCUGGAGAAAGACUUCUCGACCUUGAGUAUGCGGAUGAUAUUGUCUUACUCUGCGAUAAUGUCCAAGUCAUGAAAUCCGCACUUAAUCAGUGGUCAAUCAAUGUCCGUAGGUACGGUAUGUGCUUCGCACGUUUGAAGUGCAAAGUACUUCUACAAGACUGUCAGGAUUCUAAUCCUGUACUCACUCUGGAUGUGGAGCAGAUAGAAGUAGUCUAGAAGUUCGUGUAUCUAGGUAGCUGCAUAAGUGCUGGUGGGGGUGUGAGUGAUGAGAUCAAUGCACGUAUGGUGAAAGCUGGAGCGGCUUAGGCCAAUCUGCGCCAUCUUUGGCGCCUUCGUAAUGUCAGUCUGGCUGUAAAAGGUCGGACCUAAAACGCGUCGGUGAGAGCAGUUUUGCUCUAUGCUUGUGAAACCUAGCCUCUCCGAGUUGAGGGUGUUACACGACUCUCUGUGUUUGAUCAUCGUUGUCUCCGAAGGAUUGCUGACAUCCAGUGGCAACACCAUGUCAGUAAUGCAGAGGUUCGGCAUCAUGUAUUUGGGCGCAGAGACGAUAAUUCAAUUGGUGUCAUCAUCCUGAAACGUCGACUUCGGUGGCUUGGAUAUAUUCUACGAAUGUUGUCCCAGAGAAUCCCACGUCGUGCAUUACUUGCCGACUCUGGGACUAGUUGGAAGAAGCGGAGAGGUGGUCAGUGUAUGACAUGGUGUCGGGGUAUGAAAGAAAGCUGCACGGGACUGGCUUCUGUUGGUCUUUCACGACUCGCUGGCUUAGGUCGGAGAGAUGGUGCAACACAGUGGCUAGAGACGUUAUCAGAUAUGGCUCAAAAUAGAAGCCAGUGGCGAUCCUGCUGUAAACUUCUUUUACUUUCUUCAUAAAAAAAAUGGUUGUAUCUUCCUUAACUGAAAGAAUUCUUUUUGAUUGUACCUUUCCGUAUCCCCCAUUAUUAUUAUUAUUACACUUCGUUACACUAAUCCGGUCCUUAUUGUUCCUUUUCUUUUUUUUCUCCACAUUCACAUUGUUUUGUGUGGCACAUAAAUAUCUGGUGCCCCCUUGUACCAAUAUUUAUGUGUUCAAAUAAAUAAAUAAAUAAAAUCUCAUUUCUCGAAUAAGUUAUUUGUUUGCAAUAGCACUAGCACCAUCACCGUUUAUUUUAUCUAAAUUCAGUGUUCCAUUGUCAAAAAUAAAUAAAGAUGUAACCUUUUGGCGGUAUAAAAUUACAGUUCGAUGGCAUAGGAUAUUAACUGUGAGAAUAGUCGUUAACAUUGAAGAUUAAUAUAAUUACAGGUAACGUCUUUUAGUUUAUUUGUAUUGCAUUCAUAUGCUUACUUCUUAUUUUCAAUCUCAUAUAAUAUUAGUAAAGUGAGGCUGAAAGCUUUUUUCAUUCUUAGAUUCAUUAAUUAACAUCACUGGUUACUACCUAAUUUCAGAGAAAUCUGAGUGUGAAGUAGGCAGCGAUUGUGGAGAUUUGGAGAGAUCUUGUUCAACAAGGUUAAGUCAUCACUCACCUCUUAUGGAUUCUCUGGAAAAAGUUGUUUACGAUCAAUCAGACAAUUUCGCAUCCAGUGAUUCUGAUAAGGUGCUAACUGAUGAGAACACUAAAACUGAUGAGUUGUGGGAAAUAGAUUCUACAUUAGUUAAUGAUUGUUCUACUGUCACUGAACAAAAAACAUCACAGGAUUUAUGUGAAAAAAAGUGUGAUGCACCAAAAGUAACAAUUUCUUCGGAAUACAUUGCACAAGAAUCAGCUGUUGAUGCAAAUUCGCAAUUGUCAUCCCUAGAAAAGGAAUUGCAGUUAGUGAAUAAAUCAAUUCCCAAUGAAGAUAUAACCUCUUUGCAUCGUUCUUCAUCUGAUAUAGUACUACCAUUCACUGCUCAACCAGUAUGUGCCGAUGACGAUUUUGAUACUAAUACCACUAGUUCGGAUAUUGAAGUAAUUUCGUGUUGUAAUUCUACAUAUGGUGGUGAAGUCCACGAGUUACAUUCUUCUAAUACACCUACUAUUAUGUCUUCUGUUAAAGAGCCACGUCUGUCAUUGGGAUUCAAUCAAAACUCACUUGUUUUGCAAAAAUAUUAUCUUAGAGGAUUUAGUGCUCCGGUUGUUUUAAACAAAUGUUCUAGUGGUCCUGAACAUCGUAGAUCUGUUAGUGUUUCGCAAGAUUUAUGUAUGGGUUUGCAAAAUACUAUUGACGAUGAUUUGACAUUUGCCUAUCAUGACCUCGCUAAGAAGUUCUCCGAAGUCAAACAUUUACUAAAUGUUCGUGAAGCAAAAAUUAUGCAACUUAGCCAUGAGAACAACGUACUACAGAAUUCAGUCUCAAUAUUGCAAGAGCAAUUAAAAACUACACUGACCACACAAGAAAUUGUCACUACUGAUGUGUCCAGUAUUACCUCAGAGUUUUCUCAACGUUUAUCAGAUACAGAGAAACGGUUACAGGUUGUUUGUCGUGAACGAGACCAAUUGAAAAAAAGUUUAUCGUCAGUGAAACAAAAAAUUCCGGUGAUCACACGUGCUGUAGGUGAUGAUAAACCUUUUGUAAAUAAUGAUAUAAAACGUGUAAAUGAAUUAGAGAAUGUAAUUUUGCAGAAAAAUGAAGAAAUUGAGAAUUUAUUAAAAGAAGGUCAUAAAUUAUCUGCUGAUCAGUUGAAGACAAAUAAUCUAUUAAAAAAGCUUCGUUCAGAACAGAAAAAAAGCAAGCAGACAGAAGCAUCACAUUUGAAACAAAUUGAACAAUUAACUGUUGAAGUUCAACGGCUGCGAAGCAGUUUAGAAAAUAAGGAAGAGAUACUUGGUAUUCAACUAACCAAUUCUACUAGACAAACGAAAGUAAUAAAUAAUUUGGAAGAACAGCAGGAAAUUCUUAAGAUUCAAAUCAGUAAGAAUGAAAUUAAAAUAUCUGACCAAAAACAGGAACUGGAGACUCUCAUCAAUGAAAAUUCAGAGUUGAAAGAACAGUUGAAUCAAAUUCACUGUCAUUCACAAGCUGAAAGUCAAUGUGUCGAAGAUUUAGAAAAAGUAAAGGCUGAAUGUGAAACCUUAAAACAGAAACUGAACAGCAAUUCAAGAGAUUUACGAGCAUUUAAAACACAACAUGAAGAACAAGCGAUCAAAUGGAGAGAAGAAAUUCAGUAUUACCAGGGUUUAUUGUCUGAUGCCCAGUUGAAAAUUGAUCUAUUGAAUGAAACAACUACUACUGCAACGCAACCAAUCAUGAAACAAUUAGAAAUUCUUCAAUCUAAUUUCAAUAAUCAAGCAUUUGAAUGGGAAACAAAAGAAAGACAAUUGAAUAAAUUAUUAGUUUAUCGUUUAAAGAAGGGUAUUUGCUGCAAAUAUUAUGGUGUGCGCUACUUAUGCGGACCUAUGUAAGUAGUAUGUGAGAGGAAUCGAACGUAGAAUGCUUCUCAACAGAAGACUGAAAUAAAGAAAAGAGGAAGGAAAAUAGUGAGAAGUCGGUAUAACAACAGAAUUGGAAGAAUGAUGGAGUAUGUAAAGGACAACUCAAGGAAAAUGUACAAAUGGUGUAUUCAAUGUAUGAGUUUUAUAUUUUACAAAGGCACUGGCAUUGCGAUUUUGCAUAAAAGAAUAAAUUGGUAUACCGUAUCUGAGUCUCCGUUCACUGCAAUAUCUUUUCAAAACCUUUGUUUAGUUGUUUGGAUUAAAAUGUGUGAAGAAAUUUAUAUUUAUGAUAGGUGGUUUUUUAAAAUGAACCUUGCUAGUGAGUACUGAUACUAAUUAAGUUUGAAUUUAUACCUAUUAUUAUUUUUCAAAAGUAUGCAGUUCACAAUUAUCGCCAGCUACCUAAUUUGAUGACCGUAUUACAUAAAUUAGACAAAAUGACAACACAGUGAUUAAUAUUUAGUGGUCAUCGUCUCAAAACUGUCGUAAUUCUAUUGUUUCUUAUAAAAAGUAUGAUAACCAUUUUUAUUCUGUUUCGUUUCCUGCAAGUCCAAUUUUAAUGUCAAAUACGAAUCUAUGGUAACUGUAAAACCUUACUAGCAAUUUGUUAAGGACACAUUUUAACUAUCUUGAAUCUAUUGGAUUUUGCACUUACAUUGUUGUAAGCUUUUCUUAAUUGUAAGAAAUAGAUAAUCACUUUCAUUUAAAAACUUGAACACGAUAUUCAAAUAUCCAUUAUGAACGAAUUGUAUUAGGCUCUGUCUUUUCAGAGGUAACUUUUUUCAUUAUAUGCUCUAUUUUUUGUGAGUGAUCCAUGGAAUGAAUUUUGUUAUGUUCGUUAUUUAUUAAAAGCAGGAAGAGUGAUAUUCUGAGCAAAAAUUAAAUUUGUUUGCUGAAUUUCUAGUAGUGACUUACAAAACUGAUAUAAUUAUUGGCGUUUGGUGGAGACUGUUGAAUUGUAUGGUUUGAAUCACAGAAUGAUAUUAAUUAGACGUUCGUUGAAAAUCUAAAAGUACCGGACAGCUGUUUCAAUUUAGUAAUACUCCUCAACAGGAGUCGAAAACAGGAUCUUCAGAUCUCGAAGCAAGAAUUCACCUUUCAGACCCUUUGGUUAUUUCACUAGAUAAAAACGUCUUCUUCUGGCUCUUAAUCUCGUCUUUUAUUUCAGUUCGUUCGGAGGAUUGAUUCAAUUUUUGAUCUCAUGAUGGUGUAUCAUUGAAUCAUAUCUUAUCAUUGUAUAUGAUCAGUCGAGCAGUAUUGUAAUGAUUCAUUUUCACACCUCGAACCGUCUGUCUAUUAUUCAUCAGGUCAUAAUCCAUGGUAAAAAAAAGUGUCUAAAAAGUUAUACUUGAUAUUAAAAUUCACUGCAUUCAAGUAAGAUUUUCUUUUUCAAGCUAACUUCCUUUUUUAUGUCUCUGCACAUCAAGAUACAGUGUCCUAAGAUUUACACUAACAUGUGCAAUAAAAUCUAUCAUCGAAUAUUAUUUAUGGGUUUGUUUCAAUUUUUUCUCAUGUUUAGCUGAAUAUAAACUUACAGCCGAUAAUGCUCAAACGUCUGAAGAAUCAUGGAGAAGUCAGCUUCAAAUAGCAGAGGAUAAUUUAGCAAUGGCUAGAUUAGAAUUGAAUUCCUUAAAGCAGAAAUAUGUUGAUUUGCAAAAAAUAUUUACAGCAGAACAAGAAAAAUCACAGGGUAGCAUGUUCGAUUUACAAGAAUUAACUGUCAAACUGGAAACAUCUAAAUCUGAAAUGAAUGAAUUUCUUUCUCGUAUAAGUGAAUUACAACAAACAUUGUUAUCUGAAGAGCAACGUUAUAAAGCAUUAGAAGCAGUGAAUAAUAAUUUAUGCUUGCAACUAGAAGAAAUGAAAUUGGCAAAAGACCAACUUGUGGCAAAUAAGGUCAUCGAUCAACCAUUGAAUUCACAUUCACUUGACAGAAAAUCUCCAUUCAACAAUGAAGUAGCCAGUAUUCCAAAAACAUUUCAAUUUCAGUCUGAUAUGGUCAAUCAAGCUUCUAUGGAAUAUUUUCAAGUAAGAAUCUCAUCUACAUUUGCGCGAAGGUGAAUGUGCUCAUUUGAAACGUGAAAUUGAACAAUUAACAGCCACACAAGAGAAGUUAUUAACUGAAGUUGCUAAACAAACAGCUCGAGCUGAGAAAUACGAAAAGUUAGCAGGUGUAAAAUAUACAAACCAUGUAAAUAGAACUUUAUCACAAUCAGAUCCCUUUGCUCCUACUACAAAUAAUUACCGUAAUCAUAAUAUUGGCGAUGUAAUUGAUGACAAUGAUCCUACAAUGGAAUUACAACAACGUUAUGAAACUUUAUUGAUUUUAUGCGGUAAAUUAACGGAAGAAAAUAAUGAACUUAAAUUGGAUUUAGCUGAUGUUAAAGAAAUGUAUAGAGCGCAGAUUGAUAUGCUUUUAAAAAGUCAAUAGUUCUAUCACCUCAGUUCGCUGAUUGUCUGUGAUAUUCAAUGAAUUAAAUGCAUAAUUUAAUGUUACUCCGUAAAUGAAUUUACACUGUUUCCAAGACGUGUUAUGUGUUAUCUUUUUUUACAAAAAGCGAUGCACAAUGUAUUUGUUUGUAAAUUAACUUAUGAUUUCAGAAAAAACUAAGCGUAGUUCUAUGUUUGAUUCUACUAAACUUUUGUAUUCAGUUUCGCAGUGUUAUAAGUUAUAAUGAGAAUUUCUUCGUUUCUGUCAGUUUUAUUGUGAAUAGUGGUCAUGUUAUUUCCACUCUCUUUUUCUGUUAGUUUUUUAAAACUGCGCUUGAUUACUUUUUAAUUAUAACACUUUUUCGAGGAAACGUUUACAUUGAUUCAAACGCUUAAAACGUUGUAUUCCAAAAUCUACAUUAUUUUCGAAUAUUUAAUUUCUAUUUAUUCUCCUUAGUUUAUCGGUAAUUGUUCGUCUUGAACGAGUCUCUAAUAUCAGGAGCAAACAAUUUGGAAUAUAAUUGGUGUAUAUAAAUACCAGGUGGUUGCUUAGAUAAAGUAAAUUACUAGGUGUCAGUUUGAUCAGAGUAGGUGUUUGAAUGAUUUGGUAGAUUUGGCAGCACUAGUUACGAUAACAUGGAUGGGCAAUUUAUGCAUUCAUAUUCAGGUUAUGCUAGUCUUCUGUCAACUUUCAGAAGCAACCUCUUGGUUAGGGUAAAUGCUAAUGUGAGCUUUAAACCUUGACGCGAACUUAGAUAGAUUCUCUGUCAUUUACUGUGUAGUCACGCCAACAGGGACACUAGAUUCUGUGUAUAAACGUGGGACACUAAUGUAAUAUUUUACGCAAAUGCAGGAGCAACGAGUGUUAAACCACGACAACUUUUACGUCCGUUUUAUUUUUUUGGGAUGACGGCGAUACACACUGGGACAAUUAGUAUUGAACAAAUUGACGCGAUCGAGACAGGUUGCCUUAUUUCCUCCUGACAGAAUAAAAGAAAAGGUCUUAGUGUAAAGCUACUAAAGAUAUUGCCUGUUCCACAUAUCGACAAGGAUGUGUAAGAAGAUAUUUAGAUAUCUGCUUGUACUUGUAUUUAUGCAAAACCUAGGUUACUCUGUAUGUAGGAGGUCAGUUCUGUCCUGAGAAUCCUGACGUGUUCAUAUCAUCAUAGGUGCUUUGACAUCAUAGGAACUUUUAUAUCCGGUGAAGAUUAAAUAACAGGUAACUUCCGAGGACUAUUCAUGGACUAAUAUUCUAUAAACAUUCUUAUUGUAUAACUACUCAACAAUUUUACUAUGUAUAUUUAUAUUCCUUUUAUGAUAAGCUUUAUUUUGACCUUGUUAUGACCUUGGAUGUCUUGUUUUGCUACCACGCGACCUAUCGACCAAUCCGAAUACGACUUAUACGGAUCUUUACACUAGGCCAACCAAUGACGUUCAACCGGUGCGGGCAGUCUAGCGUCCUUACUGGUCCUAUGUCCUCCGAGCCCUUCCACUUGAGUCCAGAACACAAUACCAGCUUCGAAUCAGAGCAGAUCGUUUAUUUCAGGCAUA